UCUCCACGCCCAAGUACAAGGUGAAGAGAGAAACCGAGUCGCAUGGACUAGGGAGUUUGAAGGUUCAUUUCGCAAGCUGACCAGCUCCGGGAGGGCGACCCCGUUCUUCACAUUACGCCGAAUGUUCGACGCCGACAGGGAAUCUACAACAUCCAGUUCCAGUCUAAUGAACGAAAGUGUAGUAUCCGAACGAGUG